AUGUGUCAAGGUGCGGCGGUGUCUCGUUUGAUGCAAUUGGUGUCUGGGCAUUUCCCUUUGUCUGCUGAUUUUUCCCACCUAAAACGAGGGCGUAAGGUGGAAGGUAAAGUUCAAAUUUUGUUGUCUCAAACUGAUGAAUUGUCUGAUGAACAGAAGACUAUAUUGAGCGAGCUCGAGAUCGAGCCGACGGUGGACGCGGUAAAGGUCCCGAGAUACCCCCCGCGGACGUCAGAGGAGUCUAAGCUGCAGAGCCUGAGUAUUUGGCCGACCAUAUUCCGUAGAGGAAAGAACGAGUGGAACCCGACACCAUUGCUGAAGUCCGAGGUAGCCGAAAUCAAGGAGCGAGCACAACGGCUGUUGGCCGCUGCCAGGACCUCUGCGCCAGUCAUCCGGGUCCAUGACCGUCGAGUUGGGGUCCAUGACCAUCAGGGUGGGGACCAGGACCAAGACCAGGACCAAAAGCAAGAAGGGGACAGCCGGAUUUUCGAGUGUUCGAAGGUGUGUCAGCUGUACUUGGGGGAGCACUUGGUGGCGCACGCGGAGCGCGAGGAGGACGUGGUGGACAUGCACUUGUUGCGGCACUCGUGUUUGUACGCGCUACAGCGGUUGGGCGAGACGGUGGUGGACAUUUUGGGCGGCGGCCGCGCGGCGAAGCGGCUGCGGGGGCCACAUAUGGCGGCACUGCAGGAAGUGCAGACUUCACAGUCCGUCAACGGCGUCGAGCCGGACCAGUAUUACGCCUCCAACUGUGACGCGUAUGUGUUCGGCGAACCCUGCGUCAUGUGCACCAUGGGUCUCACCCACUCACGCAUCAAACGACUCAUCAUUGUUGCAGACCGCUCCCAAAACUGGCGCUCCUCCAACGGAGGCGUAGACACCGGCGUCAGCGUCCCGCUCUGCAAAGCACUCAACCACCACUUCCCCGUUUACAUCGCCACACCCGAUAACGCGCCAACCACCACCCCGCCUACCGCUUCACCGACUCCACUACCGGCGACUCCCCCACCGACGACUCCCCCUACCUCAGAAUAA